AUUUGGGGAGUUGGAAUAAGAAGGCGUGGUUUUGGAGUAGCAAAAGAAGCAACGAUGGGAAACACGUUCUGCCUCUUCUGUGGUUGCGUCGGUCAAUCCAGCGUCGGCGUCGUCGAACAGUGGGGUCGCUUCCACCGCCUCGCCCAACCAGGCUUCCACCUCUUCAACCCCCUCGCCGGCGAAUGCCUCGCCGGAAUCCUCUCCACCAGGAUCUCCUCCCUCGACGUCCGCAUCGAAACCAAAACCAAGGACAAUGUGUUUGUGCAGUUGCUGUGUUCAAUUCAAUACCGAGUCAUUAAGGAAAACGCGGACGAUGCUUUCUACGAGUUGCAAAACCCUCAGGAGCAGAUCCAGGCUUAUGUUUUUGAUGUCACGCGUGCGAUUGUUCCCAGAAUGAACUUGGAUCAGCUAUUUGAGCAGAAGGGUGAGGUUGCCAAAGCUGUAUUGGAGGAGCUUGAAAAGGUGAUGGGAGAAUAUGGAUAUAGUAUAGAGCACAUACUCAUGGUUGAUAUUAUACCUGAUCCUGCUGUGCGUAAGGCAAUGAAUGAGAUCAAUGCAGCGCAAAGGAUGCAACUUGCUAGCGAGUACAAAGGAGAAGCUGAAAAGGUGUUGCUAGUUAAAAAAGCAGAGGCUGAAGCCGAAGCCAAGUAUUUGGGUGGGGUUGGUGUGGCCAGGCAGCGACAGGCUAUCACAGAUGGCUUGAGAGAGAACAUCCUCAACUUCUCUCACAAGGUAGAGGGCACUAACGCUAAGGAGGUGAUGGAUCUUAUCAUGAUUACUCAGUACUUUGACACAAUCAAAGACCUUGGGAACUCAUCAAAGAACACCACUGUUUUUAUACCCCAUGGACCUGGCCACGUCAGGGAUAUUGGUGAGCAGAUACGCAAUGGACUGAUGGAAGCAUCUAGUGCUCAAGUAAAUAUGGAGGAGUGAUUUUGUAAAGUUUGCCUUAGAAAGUAUCUCUGUCUAACAAUCACACACACAAUAAUACUCGUGUAUUUAAUAUGUUUAUGCUUAAUUUUGAAGAAAAGUUUUGAUCAGUUGGAAUUUAUAAAAUAAGAUGCUUUUCAGUUGUAUUGUGAUGGAAACAGUCAGUACUGAGUGCUCUAGUAAAUAUGGUGUGAUUUUAUAAUA